UCGAUACAUCGUUCGUUCUUCGUAAUCGGUCCGCCUGCACGUGUAAAACGCAAAACAAAAUAAGUUGAACCUAAGUUGCUGUAAACGCACAAUAAAAUGGGCAAAUUAAAUGUGACGGUGUUGCGCUACCUCACCAGAGAGGACUUUCGCGUCCUCACUGCCAUCGAGAUGGGGAUGAAGAAUCACGAGCUGGUGCCCGGACCGCUGGCCGCUGCAAUUGCUAAUCUGAAAACAGGCGGUGUCCACAAGCUGCUCAAAGAGCUCUGCAAGCACAAGUUGAUUGCCUACGAGCGUGGCAAGAAGUAUGAUGGCUAUCGGCUGACCAACACUGGUUACGAUUACCUCGCAUUGAAAUCGUUGACACUGCGAGGAUCGGUUAGCUCCUUUGGCAAUCAGAUUGGCGUUGGCAAGGAGUCCAACAUCUAUGUGGUUGCAGACGAGGAUGGGACGCCCAUUUGUCUCAAGCUGCAUCGUCUGGGACGCACCUGUUUCCGCAACAUUAAAUCGAAGCGUGACUAUCACGGUCGUCGCCACAAGGCUUCCUGGCUGUAUCUCUCGAGGAUUUCAGCAACGAGAGAAUUUGCCUACAUGUCAGCACUGUAUGAUCGGGGCUUUCCCGUGCCCAAGCCCAUCGAUUUCAAUCGGCACUGUGUGCUCAUGGAUCUGGUCAAUGGAUGGCCCAUGACACAGGUGCACGAGCUUCUUGAUGCACCGCAGGUCUACGAUGACCUCAUGAAUCUGAUCGUCCGCCUGGGCAAUUCCGGCGUUAUUCACGGAGAUUUCAAUGAGUUCAAUUUGAUGGUCACCGAUGCCGGCAAGCCCAUAUUGAUUGAUUUCCCUCAAAUGAUGUCCACCUCACACGAGAAUGCCGAAUUCUUCUUUGAUCGCGACGUAAACUGUGUGCGUGAAAUGUUCCGUCGUAAAUUUGGCUAUGAAAGCGAGGAUUAUCCCAAGUUCAGUGACUUGGUGCGCGAAGAUGAUUUGGACGCUGAGGUGCACUGCACCGGCUAUGGAUUUACCAAGGAAAUGGAAAUGGAUCUGCUGCAGGAGUAUGGCAUGAUUGAACAGGAUGAGAAUGAGGAUGGCGAGCAGCAUGAGGAUAAUCAGCUAGGUGAUGAUGAGCCGCCAGCUUUGGUGCCGGCUGCUGCUGCCGAGAUUGAUGAGUGCCGUAGGCAAUUGGAGACUGAGGUUUCCUACAGUGAAACGAAGCCCGCACAGAAAUCAGAUGAUGCCAUCCGUCGUUACAUUGAAUCCUGUACGCAAUACUUGGGCAAUCUGCACGUUGGGCCCGAAGUCACCGAUCAAGCAUUGGCGGUGGCAGUACCAGAAAUCUUAGAUGACGAGCCAAUCAAGUCUGUUCCCAACAAGAAUGCCAGCGAAGUUGUAGCACAUAAAUCAGCAGAAUCUGUUCCCUCGGUAAUAUCAGCAACUCAGGCUACAGAAGAUGCCCGUUCCAUCAGCUCCAACGACUUGGAAAAGGAUGAUAUGCCCGAGUUGGCUGGCAUAGAUCCCAAUUCGCGCAUGUAUCGUCUGAAGAUGGUUGAACAGCUGCUAAAUGAUGCACGCAGCCAGCGAUCUUAUUCCACCACAGCCAGCACGAUAGCACCCUCGGUGAUCACAGAUCGCAUUCGCCGCAACAUGGAUGUGAAAGAAAAGCGGGAGCAACGGAAGCGUUGUGUGGCCAAGGGAGAAGCGAGUGCAGUGCAUCGUCAUCGUAAGGAAAACAAGGAUGUAGUCAAAGAAUACGCCGGCUGGGAUUUCUAAAACAUUUAAGACCAGUGUAUAGAAACAAAACAUAUAUGUAAAUCUAAAUAUAUUUUAGCAUCUAAAAUCAAAA